AUGAAAAUACUGAAGUGUCUAAUAGCUGAGCUGAUACAAAUGUAUCCGCACCUGUACGAUCCCUCGUGGAGAGACUUUAAAGAUUCGGAGAAGGCAGUUAAAUCCCAGAAAGAAAUUGCAAUGAAGCUUGGUGUUGACGACCUGGAGUUAAGCAAAAAUAAAAUGGCAGGAGCAAGAUUUUCUCAAGGUGGGUUCUUGUGUGCAGUGUGUCUGGAUCUCCUGAAGGAUCCAGUGACCAUUCCCUGUGGACACAGUUACUGUAAGAGCUGUAUUACAGGCUGCUGGGAUCAGAUGGGAGUCUACAGCUGCCCUCGGUGCAGACAGACCUUCAGACCAAGACCUGCUUCAGCUAGAAACACCAUGCUGGCUAAAGUGGUGAAGAAACUGAGCAAGAAGACCAAACGUCCUGCUGACUGUUACGCUGGAGCUGGAGAUGUGCAGUGUGACGUCUGUACUGGAAGAAAAUACAAAGCCGUCAAGUCCUGUCUGGUGUGUCUGGACUCUUACUGUCAGAAUCACCUUGAACAGCAUGAGAGUUUCUUUAAAGGAAAGAGACACAAUGUGACUGAUGCCACUGGACGACUGCAGGAGAUGAUCUGCCAGAAACAUGAGAAGAUCCUUGAGGUUUUCUGUCGCACUGAUCAGAAAUGUAUAUGUGUGCUGUGUACAAUUAUUGAACAUAAAAACCACGACAUUGUAUCAGCUGAAGAACAGAGGACAGAGAAACAGAAGCAGCUGAAGGAGACGCAGAAGACGUUCCUGCAAAGAAUCCAGCAGAGAGAGAAAGAUCUUCAGCAGCUGAGAGAGGCUGUGGAGUCUCAUAAGCGCUCUGCACAGACAGCAGUGGAGGACAGUGAGAGGAUCUUUACUGAGCUCAUCCGCUCCAUUGAGAGAAGCCGCUCUGAGCUGAUACGGCUGAUCAGAGAUCAGGAAAAGCGAGCGGUGAGUCGAGCUGAAGGACGACUGGAGCGACUGGAGCAGGAGAUCAGUGAUCUGAGGAGGAGAGACACUGAGCUGGAGCAGCUUUCACACACACCGGAUCACAUCCAGUUCCUGCAGAGUUUCCAGACUCUCUCAGCACCUCCUGAAUCUACAGAUGUAAAUGAUGAUGUCUUCACAUCUUUUGAUGACCUGAGAGAAUCUGUCUAUCAGCUGAAAGACAAACUGGAGGAUUUCUGCAAAGAGGAGCUCAAGAAGAUCUCAGGCAGAGUCACAUUCACCAACAUUGUUCCCAGGACCAGGAACGACUUACAAUAUUCCCAUCAGCUCACUCUGGAUCUGAACACAGUGAAUGAACACCUCCGUCUGUCUGAGAACAACAGAGUGAUUACAUUUACUCACAGAGAUCAGCCGUAUCCUGAUCAUUCAGAGUGUGGAUGCUGUUACUGGGAGAUUGAGUGGAGUGCAGGUGUUGGUGUGUAUAUAUCAGUGUCAUAUAAGAGCAUCAGCAGGAAGGGACGGGGUAAUGAGUGUUUCUUUGGAUAUAAUGAUCAGUCCUGGAGUUUGUUCUGCUCUCCCUCCAGUUACUCAUUCAGACACAAUAACAUAGAGACUCGUCUCCCUGUGACGUCCAUCAGCAGUAGAAUUGGAGUGUUUGUGGAUCACAGUGCAGGAACUCUGUCCUUCUACAGUGUCUCUGACACAAUGAGCCUCAUCCACACAGUCCAGACCACAUUCACUCAGCCGCUCUAUCCUGGGUUUGCUGUUUUUUCUGAUUCAUCAGUGAAACUUUCCCCCUGGCGGCGGUCGGAGGGAGCCACAGAGACCGCGGUGGUGACAGAGACCCCCACCCCCACCACCACAACGCCCGUACUGGAGGCGUCCACCUCCACCACGAAAGGCCUCUCGGGAUCGGGAUGGUGUAGGAUGGGUGCGGUGCUGAAUCUCCGACGGAGGUCGUCAAAGGCCUGCAGAGCUGCUUGGGACCAGUCGAUGCAAGGUCGAAGGCCCCCGUCUUUCUUCUUGACGAAGAAGAACCCUGCUGAGGCUGGCGAGGUGGAUGGUGUGAUGAAGCCCUUAGCCAACUCCUCCUGGAUCUACUUGUGCAUAGCCUCCGACUCGGCCUGUGACAGCGGGAAGACGCGGCCCCUGGGAGGGGUGGCCGCUGGGAUGAGAUCGAUGGCGCAGUCCCCGGGUCGGUGUGGAGGUAGCUGGGUAGCUCUGGUACGGCUGAAGGCCUCAAGCAGGUCCUGGUAUUCGGGAGCCAGACCGCAGUACAAACAGAGGUUGCCCCGAAGUCUUCUCUCUCGCUCCUCCAGCGAUAGUUUGGUGGUACCUAGCUGCAUGGGUUCGGCGGUAGCCUCCGAGGAGGGCGUUGAUAAAGGUGGUAAGGAGGUUAGGCGACUGGACUUACAAGCUCUCAUUACAUUAUCCACCCGGAUGGAGAGAUCUAUGUACUGCUCCAGGGAAAGAUCCUCGUCCCGGCAGGCCAACUCCACCUGGAGGAAUGAUCAUGAGGGAAGUUGGCUUACAGGCCAAAGAAUUACAGAAAACAGGUGCACACCAGUUAUCCUUUCAGCUGUCCUAACAGUCCGUUGCAGUCUUCUUAUAUCUGAUUUGCUGGCUGAUCCAAACCAGACAGUUACAGAAGAGCACAGAACCGACUCAGUAACAGCUGAGUACAACUGUCUCAUCUGCACCUGUGGCAGGUUUUCAUUUGACAAAGGAAGUACAACCUUUGCUGGACAUUUUCACAAUGGAGUCAGUGUGAAUGUCCCACUUCAGGUCCUGAGAGAUUCUCUCUCAGCACCUCCUGAAUCUACAGACGUAAAUGACGAUCCCUUCAUUUCUCUCAUUUCUUUUGAUGGUCUGAGAGAAUCUGUACGUCAGCUGAAAGACAAACUGGAGGAUUUCUGCAAAGAGGAGCUCAAGAAGAUCUCAGACAGAGUCACAUUCACCAACAUUGUUCCCAGGACCAGGAACGACUUUCUACAAUAUUCCCAUCAGCUCACUCCGGAUCUGAACACAGCACAUAAAAACCUCUGUCUGUCUGAGAACAACAGAGUGAUUACUGGCACUGACACAGUUCAGUCGUAUCCUGAUCAUCCAGACAGAUUUGAUAAUUGGUAUCAGGUGUUGUGUAAAGAGUGUGUUUGGGGACGCUGUUACUGGGAGAUUGAGUGGAGUGGAGAUCAAGGUGUGUUUAUAUCAGUGUCAUAUAAGAGCAUCAGCAGGAAGGGAUGUGGUAAUGAAUGUUUCUUUGGAUAUAAUGAUCAGUCCUGGAUUUUGUACUGCUCUCCCUCCAGUUACUUAUUCAGACACAAAAAGACAAAGACUGUUCUCCCUGUGACGUCCAUCAGCAGUAGAAUAGGAGUGUUUGUGGAUCACAGUGCAGGAACUCUGUCCUUCUACAGCGUCUCUGACACAAUGAGCCUCAUCCACACAGUCCAGACCACAUUCACUCAGCCGCUCUAUCCUGGGUUUAGGGUUUGUAUUGGAUCAUCAGUGAAACUGUGUUGAUGAAUCAGAAUAGACUGAUGAGAGAUUCUACCCAUAAUGCUUUGAGCUAAUGAUGAAUCAGUAACAGUGAGAUGUUAUAGAGUCUCUUGUUUUCUCUUCAUGACAUUAAUUCUGCAG